GGCAUUUUGUUAUCACAUGUGACGAUAUGCACGUCCGCCAGAGGCAAUUACAAAAGAAAGCACAAAAUAACAGUUAAUACAUAUUGUGCAGUACUAGUCUCGCAGCGUCGUACUCGUCUGCAUUCGUAAAGCUUCUUUUGAAUACGACACACGUUUUUUCUCGUUAUGAUAAAGUAAAAUUUUAGUGUUUUUUUUUAAAGUUUGAUUGCAACAGUGCGAUGGAUGUUCCAGCCAAGGGAAACGUACUGGGCCGGGUAGUUCCGGCCCGAUACAUACUCGCUAUCCUGGGCUCUGUGGGGAUGGCCAUCGUUUACGGGUUGAAGGUGAACCUGUCAGUAGCCAUGGUGGGGAUGCUGAACCACACUGCUAUCAAGAUGUCGGCCCAUGGGUCGUUGGAGCAGCAUCAGCAAGUCGCACCUACGGCGGAAGUUGAAUGUCAACCUACGAGCAAUGCUACGGACUCCAAGGAUGCAGACGGACCGUUUCUCUGGUCGUCGGAGGUGCAGGGCAUCGUACUCAGCUGCUAUUUUUGGGGAUAUUUCGUCUCUCAAAUCCCUGGGGGAAGAGUAGCAGAAUUAUUCUCAGCCAAAUGGGUGAUGUUCUUUAGUGUGUGCAUCAACGUGGUGUGCACUCUGCUCACUCCGGUAAUGGCGGAGGCGCAUUAUGUGGCUGUCGUCCUCAUGAGAGUUGGGGAAGGUAUCGGUGGGGGCGUCACAUUCCCAGCGAUGCACGUGUUGCUGUCAAAGUGGGCCCCGCCAGUCGAGCGCAGUGUCAUGGCGGCACUUGUUUACGCGGGAACUUCGCUCGGCACUGUCAUGUCUAUGUUGAUGGCGGGAGUCCUUACUGCUACACUUGGUUGGGAGAGUGUGUUCUACGUAAUGGGUGGCUUGUCCUGUCUCUGGUGUGUGCUGUGGGUGUUCCUGGUUCAAGACUCGCCGGGGCAGCAGCCACUCAUCAGCAAAGAGGAGCGGGACUUCAUCGUAACCUCACUGGGCGGCAACAACGAUAAAUCCCACAAGAACAUGUCAGUACCCUGGAAGCAGGUGUUUACAUCCGGUCCGUUCCUGGCGAUCGUCGUUGCACACGCGUGUUCCAACUGGGGCUGGUACAUGUUGCUAAUAGAGCUGCCGUUCUACAUGAAACAGGUCCUCAAGUUUAACAUGACAGAGAACGCUGUUACUACAGCACUCCCGUUCCUCUCUCUGUGGUUCUUCAGCAUGGGUCUCAGCAAAACCUUGGACACACUCAGGGAAAAGAAUAUCAUCACCACCACAACAGCUCGGAAGAUUGGUACUUUGUUUGCGUCAGCCGUCCCAGCAGUGUGCCUAGUGGCGCUGUGCUACAUCGGGUGUAACCGAGCUGGUGCCGUGGCGCUCAUGGCUCUGGGUGUCACCUGCAUCGGUGGAAUGUUCUGCGGCUUCCUGUCCAACCACAUCGAUAUCGCGCCCAACUUCGCAGGAACGCUAGUUGCCAUCACAAACACGAUUGCAACGGUCCCGGGUAUUGUAGUGCCUAUUUUCGUCGGAGUUUUAACUCAUGGAAAUCAAACAAUAUCAGCCUGGCGUAUCAUUUUCUUCGUGACAGUCGGUCUGUAUAUAAUAGAGAUAGUGGUCUACACUAUCUUUGGUUCUGGUGAGCAGCAGCCCUGGAACAACUUGCCAGAAGAAAAAACAGACAACUCUGAGGACAAGCCGCUUAACAAUGAAGCAGAGAAGACACAAGUAUAGAUUUGUACGGUCUGCGUAUUAAAUAGAUAUUUAAUGACUUUAUUUGCUUAGAUAAUUUAUACGUCUAGGAAGUCUCUUGCCGUUAGACAACCGAUAAGAACAGGCCAGGUUCAAUACUCUAGUGUGCGUGACAAGCUACGUCUUACACUUGCGAUUUGUAUGACACUUUGAGUUAGUGCAAGAAUAGUAACUAGACAUCGGUUUGACGUGACCAACAUGAGACAGAUAAUAAUAUCCUAUAUAAUAUAUAGGUACAUAAUAAAAGACAAGUGUUCUUUAAUUAUCACUUUUACGUCGUAAAACACAACAUCAUAGCAUAUUUCCUUCGAUUCUACUUAAAAUUGUCACAGAUGUUGAAUAAAUAGUCAAUAUUUCACACGUUUCACAAGUUUUCUGUGCAGCGCUGUCAAGUUUGUUUAGUACACCGUGUGUGCUGACCUUAAAAAAACUGGCACGCAUGGCGAAACAAAAAUCUAAUCACUCUAUCUCAUUUCUUUACUUAACACUCGCAUAAGUUUUUCUUUUUCUCGUGUGAGUAAGACGGAAGCUAACAAUUAGUCUAGUUACUAUUGGUCUAUGGUGUGCGUGCAUUGCUCAAAAUAAACUCAAUUUUUUUUUGACAUUUUCACAACUGUCAUAGUCGGUCUAGACGUAUAAAUGAUCUAUUUUUGAAAGCGAUUAUGUUUCUUUAUUGUUUUGUAUUGUAUAGUUAUUUAUAAAUAAGCGAGCUCUUUAUGAUGUAACCGCGUAGGAUAUUAUAUUUUUAAUGAAUUUCUUUUUAAAUCCCAAAGUAAUACAUACCUACUAUUGAUAUCUAAAUAAGAAGGUAAUAGAUAUAUUUUAAAUGCUAAUUCCUUGCGGGAUGACUGUCAUAUUAUAUAUAAAAAUUACAUUCCUCCAACGCUCCGGAUAUUGACGGAUUUGUGUAUUAAUGGUGUUGAAAAGGACGGCAAAACGAGUAAAUUAAAUCUCAUAGUGGAAAAUACUUACUAGCUGGCGGUAAAACUCACGUGUGACUAGGGUUACCAUUAAUUAAUUUGAAAAGCCCUGACAAAAGUCUGUUAUUUAGAUAAAAGUCCGGACUUUUUAGUUGAUCUCGUGUUUUUUUUUGGAAUAGGAGGACAAACCAGCGUACGGGUCACCUGGUGUCAAGUGAUCACCGCCGCCCACAUUCUCUUGCAACACCAGAGGAAUCACAAGGGCGUUGCCGGCCUUUAAGGAAGGUGCGCGCUUUUUUUGAUAAGGUACCCAUGUCGUAUCGUCCCGGAAACACCGCACAAGGAAGCUCAUUCCACAGCUUUUUAGUACGAGGAAGAAAGCUCCUUGAAAACCGCACUGCGGAGGACCACCAAACAUCCAGAUGGUGAGGAUGAUAUCCUAACUUGUGGCGUUGUAGUAUUAUGACUAUAUUUCAUGUAAUUAAAAAUAAAAUCCGGACAUAGUUAAAGAUCCGGACUAGAGUCUAAAAGUCCGAACAUGUCCGGAUUAAUCCGGACGUAACCCUACGUAUGAGGCGACGUGUUCACCGCGGCUAUUAGGUAAUUUAAGUACCUUCUUAUUUAGAUUUCUAUGGUAGGUAUCUACCUAGGACUUAAAAAACCGGUGAAGUGAUUUAUUAAUGGAAUUACUUGUGGAAAUUAUUCUAGUAUAAUACAUCCACGAUACAUACAAAUAAUUAUUCAAAGAUUUUUGAGUUUCCUGAUGUUUCUACGUUGGGAACACGGGAUCAUUGGCCAGUAGUAAGACCUGAAGAUUUAUCAGAAAACUCAUAGGUAUAAAAAUAGUCCAAACUAUGGAUAUAUUUAGGCUGCUUUCAGGGCAUAAAAUAUAGGUAUCAAAAUAGCUAAGUACCUAAAGUAAGAAUUUAGGAUUAAGUGAUUAAAAAACCACCAAAGAAUAAUACCUAAUAAUUAUUAAUUCAUUUGAAGAGAGGAAUUGAAUUUAAAACAUAAUAAUUCCUUUUUUAAUGAAGUUUAACUUUUUGAGAAAAGAUUUUAAAACGUAUAUGUUUUGAAAGUCCACUCAUAUUUUAACUGAAUUUAAGAUAAGACCAUACAGUUGUCAAUCGCCACUGUUUUUAAUAAUUCCUCUCUUCAUAUGAUCGAAUUAUACCAGUGUUAGUAUACAUAUAAUAUGUUUAUAAUGAUAAGUAAUGACUUAUAAAUAAUAUAUAAUUUACAAAUAAUUUCGGCAAUGCAUCUCUUCGCAAGACGUCUGGAAUUGGAGGUUUUGGCAAUGAUUUUAUCAUGCAUUUAAUCCGUUUGCAUUGUGAUAAAUUACUUAUAAAAAGUAAGUAGGUAUAUUUUAUAACAACUUACAUUGAUUCAUUUUCAUUAAUUAUUUGAUAAUGUGUAUGGAACAAUAAUGUACUUAAAGUGAAUAUAUUAUGUAUAUCAAUGUUUCGAUAAAAUUUUUAAGUUACUUGAACUAUCUUGAAGAUCGUUCGUCCUUUUUUUCAAAAAUAAAUAUUAAAUAAAUUAACCGUGCGUUGGAACCUUGUCAUAAUUACGUCUAAGUGACCUUAGUCGUCAGUUUACAAGCAUUUAAAAUUUAUAAGUAUAAAAUUAUUUCAAAGACCCCUUGAUCUGUAUUGAAAAUAGUCGGAUACUAACUGAAGUGGAUUGUCUUAGUAGGAAAUGUUGUAACGUUUCACGUUUUUGUGAACAUCAAGUUCAAAUAGACCACAUCUUAAGAAGUUUCACUCAAAAAAUUACGCUCAGGCAGAGAUGAGUAGACUUAUAAGUGCGGGGGCCCCUUUCGCGCGGGGCCCGGAGCGAUUGAUACUCUCGCUACGUUGUUAAUCCAGCACUGAGCGGACAUCAGUAAGAUGGCGGCUGGUCCCUUAAUCAACUCGCGGGGACAAUAGCCAAAAUAAUGACUGUUACUUUGUAAUAUUAUAGUACUUACCACAUUUAUGAUAUUAAAAAUGUAUAAAUACUGUUAAGUAUUUUAUUUUGCAUUAAAAGCUUUAUAACUAAAA